CCACAGGACGUAAGCGAUGGUGGUAUGUGACGAGGUUUCGAGAUCAAACGACUACAGUGGCGCAAACCAGAAACAAAAAGCAGACUCUAGAUCGAAACAUGAAAGCGGCACCGAUCAAAAAACGCAAGAACCCUCCAGAUCAGGUGAUGGAAGCGGCACCGUUUUUCACCAUAGAGCGGCAAAAUCGCUAACCGCAUCCAACCGCACCCAAGAAUUCAGCACACAAGUUCAAAAAAUUUAAAACUAAACGCCGAAUUCACAAAGCGUUUGUACACAGCCAUUUACCAAAAUAAUACCACGUGUCAAGCCCAAAAUUCACCAUGGGUCACUUUCAUCCAAGUGGAUGAAUGUUGGGGCAAAAACCUUGCAUGGAAUAGAGGCUUGGGUAUUUGAUGCAAUUAUAAAUUUUACUGAAUUAUUUUAUCAUCGAAUGAUGAGAUUGACCCGAAAGAUAAACCAGUCCCUACUGCACUGCCUCGAGUGGACGGCAAGCUUGGCCAAUAGGAUGACGAAUGACCAUACAUGCAUACACGGUAGCUGAAUGGAGACUGGAUGUCGACGGAUACCUAUUGCAUCAAGCUGAACUGACCUCAUCUGUCCGUUUCCUUACAAAUGUAUCAGACUAUCAGUACUACGAUGUUGAAAGCUAACAGGUAGCCUUGGAUUAACGUAAAACUCUACUGUAGAUCUUUCCUUCUUCUUGGCACCUUGAUCCCAGUAGUCAACAUUUUUUUUACAUAAAUAAGAUGUAACAGUUGCCAACUGCAUGAAGGAAGUUUCUUCAUCUUACCUCCGGUCUAGUUGUAGUUGGUAUUCAGACACACCUACCUCAGAAGGCUUUGAGAUGGAUCUUGCAAUAUCCGCCGUUACAGGUGACCUCGCCAGCCGAUUCAUCUCUUUCCUCAUGAACAAAUGUGCGGAUCAUCUGUACUCAGAGCAGAAGGUGGAGAGGCUACAACAGCUCUUGCUGAGAGUUCGCACGGUCGUGGAGGAGGCGGACGGACGAUGCAUCACCAACUCGCAUAUGCUCAUGCAGUUGAAGACGCUAUCGGCAGCCAUGUACCAAGGGUACCAUGUCUUGGACAGCAUCAGGCAACAUAAGGAGGCAUCCAAGGACUUGGUGAGCGAUCCAUCUACCUCGUCUGAUUAUAUCAUUCCUUUCAAACGUGCUCGCACGACCAAUAGUCCUUCGCCAAACAAGGCAUUCAACUCGGAGUUACAAAGUGCACUUCGGAAUCUGGAAGCUGCUGUUGACCACAUGGUGGAGUUUGUCGUGCUUUUGGGCGGAUGCGAGCACGUCUCCCGGAGACCGUAUGAUGCCUAUCUUCAGGUCGACAACUUCAUGUUUGGUCGGCAUGUCGAGAAGCAGAAGAUCAUCAACUUCUUGCUGCAAGAGAACAUACCUGGUCCUCCGGCAGUGCUACCAGUCGUUGGUGGACGUGGAGUUGGGAAGAAAACUCUUGUUGCACAUGUAUGCAGGUAUGACAGGGUGCGUUCUCACUUCGCAGUUAUUUUGCACCUGAGUGGAGACGGUCUUACCAAAAUAACAGACCAUGAAAUCCCGUCAGGGAAGAUACUGGUAGUUGUCGAGUUUGCUUCUGAUGUAGAUGACGAUGACUGGAGGACAUUCUAUUCCUCUGUUACCAGCAUGGACAGAGGAAGCAAAGUGAUAAUCUUAGGCCGAAAUGAAAGGUUGAAGAAACUUGGGACUGUCCAGACUAUUUCUCUGAACCGUCUGGCAUUCGAGGAGUACAAGUACCUGCUCAAGACACUCGCAUUCGGAAGCGCGAACCCCGGGGACCAUCCGCGGUUAGCAGCGAUUGUGGAAGAGUUUUCUGUGGUGUUGGGAGGAUCACUCAUCCCAGGAAACUUGAUUGCACAUGCAGUGAGAAAGAACCUGAAUGCCCAUUUCUGGCUUAGCACAUUGAACAGGAUCAGAAUCACAAUGAAGAUGAACAUUUCCAGGUUUGGCGCCCAUCCAAAUGAGCUUUUGGAUCAAGGCCGUCCGGUACACCUCGGCCCUCACUACCUCUUGUCUCCUGCUGCUCCCUCUCCUAGCUCUCCAAAUAGUAGUCUACCCAAACUGGUAUUUGGGGACUCGCUAGCAGAAGCAGGCCAUACUGUUCCACCGAAGGGAGAUUUUUGGCUAAUCGCAUGGGAGUCAAGGUUACCGCCAUACACUUCAUUUUCUCAUCUGGUUCGCUUUGUUCCAAGUUGUGUCGAUGAUAAGCCGGAAGCAUCCUUGUCAGGGAAGAAGCGUCUGGGGCCAUCUGCCUAGUCUCAUUCCACAUAUCUUCAAGCAGCAUUUAUAUAUCUUUUGAGAUAUUUAUAGAUCUGAGUAUAAUGUAACAAUAAACUUACCGAAUUGAUCAUAAUCAGCUUCUUUUUCUUUUUAGUUUGGACAAGAGUCACAGGAAAAGAUAUGUAUGUGCCAUUGGUUGGUUCGUACGGAUGGGUUCCGAAUUGGCAGAUUAUGUAUAGCAUUGGUUAUCUUGAUUAGUAUAGGGACCUUUAACUAUCUAAGUAAGAACAUAUUAUGAACUUUUAUUCAUCA